AUGGCGGACUCCGAGCUCCCUGUCCGUCCUAAGCCCGAAGAGACCCCCGCGGGGGGUGAAGCCCCCGCGGAGGGUGCGGAGCAAACUAAGAGCGCCAGCAAGAGCGCCGCAAAGAAGGCUGCAAAGGAGAAGGCCAAGGCUGAGAAGGCUGCUGCUCGUGCUGCCCAGGAAAAGGCCCAGGCCGCCGCAGCGGAGGCCAACGAUACCGCGAAGCAUCUCUACGGCCAGAUGCCCGACUCCGAAGACACCGUCCCCACCACGCGAUUCACCGACAUCAACGACGACCUCUACGAGAAGGAGAUUACUGUGGUGGCCCGUGUUGACAAUGCACGUGUGCAGAGCGCCAAACUGGCCUUCCUGAUGUUGAGACAGCAGGGAGCCAAGAUCCAGUGCGUCAUUGCGCUUGCGGAGCCUAUCUCCAGACAGAUGAUCAAGUACACUGGUGGAUUGAACGUCAACUCUAUCGUGCAGGUCACCGGUGUUGUUAAGAAGCCGCAGACCCCCAUCGCCUCUGCUACCCUCAGCAACCACGAGAUCCACAUUCGCAAGGUUUACAUGAUUUCGGAGGCCGCGCAGCAGCUGCCGAUGCAAGUGAAGGAUGCCGAGAGACCCCCGCCGGAGACCACGGAGGAAGGUUUCCAAACCGAUGCCGAUGGCGCCCCCAUUGUCACGCUGAAGACUCGUCUUGACAACCGUGUGCUUGAUCUGCAGACGGAGACCAGCCAGGCUAUCACCUGGAUUUCCAGCGGUGUUGCUGAGCUGUUCGCCGAGUACAUGAUCAAGAGCGGUUCGCGGUGGAUUUUCACUCCCAAGCUUGUGGGUGCUGCCACCGAGGGUGGUAGUGGCGUCUUUGAGGUGAAGUAUUUCAAGCGCAAUGGAUACCUGGCGCAGAGUCCCCAGCUGUACAAGCAGAUGUGUAUCGCCGGUGACAUGGAGAGCGUCUUCGAAAUCGCCCCUGUUUUCCGUGCCGAGGACAGCAACACACACAGACAUCUGACUGAAUUCUCUGGACUCGAUUUCGAGAAGACCUUCCACGCCCACUACCACGAGGUGCUCGAGUUUGCCGAGAACCUGCUGGUCUUCAUCCUUACUCAGCUUAAGGAGCGUUACGCCGACAAGAUCGCCAUCAUUCAGAAGUCCUACCCCAAGGCGGGCGAUUUCAAGCUGCCCAAGGACGGAAAGGCUCUGAGACUGAACUAUAUGGAUGGUGUCCAGAUGCUGAAGGAGGCCGGUGUUGAUGUCUCUGAACAGGAGCGCUUCGAGAACGAUUUCACUACAGCAAUGGAGAAGCAGCUUGGACAAAUCAUCCGGGAGAAGUACGAUACCGAUUUCUACGUGCUGGACAAGUUCCCCAUGGCUGUGCGUCCGUUCUACACGAAAGCCUGCCCCCAGGACCCUCGCUUCUCUAACUCCUACGAUUUCUUCAUGCGUGGCGAGGAGAUCAUGUCUGGUGCUCAGCGUAUCAAUGACAUCAAGGAACUGGAGGCCUCCAUGAGGGCCAAGGGGGUUGAGCCGAACCAGGAGGGCUUCGAGGACUACCUGAAUGCUUUCCGUCAGGGAUGUCCCCCGCACGCUGGUGGUGGUCUGGGUCUGAACCGCAUUGUCAUGUUCUUCCUUGGCUUGCCUAAUGUUCGCUUGGCGACAUUGUUCCCCCGCGACCCCCAGCGCCUGCGCCCAUAA